UAUAAUGACUUUGCAGUAGAUUUUAAGAUGGCGUCUACUUUCCAUUUCACAAAAGAAACACCACCAGAUUCGAUGUUUAGUGAUUUUCAAGCACUUAAUAAAUUUCAAAAUGAGGUUUGUCAUGUUGAAAUAUAUUCAUGUAUACUAUUCAUUUGAUUAUUCUUAUAUCCAUAGCUUAUUUAUUACCAGUGUUAUGUUUGAAACCAAAUAAAGUAAAAAGGGGGCGUCGCCCGAUUAAGACCUGGUCCUAGACCUGCCUUGUAGUUAGUAGUAGUGCUACUACGUCUACUGUCUAUCACUCAUCAUCAUACUAACUAUUCAUACUGUCUCUGAAGGCACCAAGACUGCUUCAUAAGUAACCGGUGUCUUUUUACUUUAGGACAUUGCUUGGCUUCGUUUUCAUUUUCUACGCCUCCAGACUUCAGGAGUCAGUGUAGACACUCAAACUUUGUAAUAAACUUAGGGGCCAUGCAUAAAUAUCGUCACACUGUUUAAAUUUACUUUUAGGCACACCACUCCCCCCCCCCAAUUAAAAAAAUGUAAAAAAAAAUUAUAAAAUUAAACUUUUUAGUUUAAAAAUUUUUUCCCCCCUCCUCCUUAUUUUUUCCCCCCCCCCCCCCACCCACUUUUCUGACAGGUGACGUCUAUAUGAGACCUUCUUAUAAAAUAUGUUUUUUGGGGCCUUUACUGUCUUUAAUUUCACUAAAUAAGUUAAAUUUGGAUAAUAUGAUACACUCUAUAAUAGGGUGACCAAAUCAUGAAAAGGAUGGUCGGGGAGGGGGGGUAGUCACUUGUCAUUAUGUCCUUUGUCGUUUUGUCACUUGUCGUUUGGUCUUAUUACCGUGGUCACCCUUCCGCCGUAAACUGUUUAUUGAAAUAUGCUCAUUUUAACUAUUUUGAGAUGUCGAAAUCUUUUUAACGUUACCUUUUUUAUUUUAAUUUAAACUCUGAGGCAUAUCAUAAACGAAGACAAUAAUUUUGCUGUGAAUACUUAUUUAUUUAUACAUAUGUUACUUGAAGUUAUAUUAUCUAUUAGGAAGUUUUAGUGAUUUGAAAGUGUGUUUGGUUUUAGAAACAGGACAUUUAGGCAUCCCAAGAAACUUUUUUGGGACACGGGUACGAGCCUGAAAAAUUGGGACACACCCAUUUUUACGGGACGUUUGGUCACCCUACUCUAUUUAGUAUUUAGUCUAUAAGCAUUUAGUACUCCAUGCUAUGCCAUUUAUCACAUUUGGGGAGAGUGUGUUUCUGUUAACUAAAUAGAGAAGAGUUCACUGUACUGUGUAAUUCAAAUAGUCCAAAAAUAAUUAACAGCUAAUACUGAAACUUAUAGAUUGGAUAUUAUUUUAUUUUAAUCAAAUUAAGAUAGAACAUUCAAAUGAAUGAAAAUGAUGAGCUAUGACAAGAGUUUGAAAAUAAAAUUUUCAGAAUUUCAAAUGCCAAAAAUUACAAUGUAGCUACAUGAACCCCAAGGGGUCGUCCAUUAAUUAUGUCAACAAAAUAGGUAAGGGGGGUUUGAAAUGUUUGACAGAUGUUGACAAGGGGGAGGGGGGGUUUGGUUAGUUCACACCAACAAUCUUGUUUUCUCUAUUAAAAUUUGUAUCUAAAAACUGACUGGUUAUUACAAUAUUUUAACAAGUUUAAUGAGUGUAAAUUAAAAUAUUUAUAUAAUUUUUAGGUUAUAUAAAGUUUAUAUGUUGAUUAACAAGCUAAAGAUGCAAUAAAAUGUUUUUACUACAAUUUUGUUUUAUUAAAAUAGAUGAGCACAAAGUAAAAUGUAUUUAUAUUAUAAUUCAUUUUUUGGGUUGAGGGAUUAUAGAAAUGUUGACGUAAUUACUUAGGGGGUGUCAUUGAACGUUUGACAGUUGUUGACAAGGUGGUAGGGGUAAAAAAUUGCUUAAAAAUUGUUGACAUAGUUAAUGGACACCCCCCCCCCACCCCCCCCCAUCAGUUGGUAGGUGAGAGCAGCUAAUGUGACACAACUUCCAGAUUACACAUUUAUCCACAGUUUUACUCACACACAUUCAGGGGUCAUUGAACGUUUGACAGUUGUUGACAAGGUGGUAGGGGUAAAAAAUUGCUUAAAAAUUGUUGACAUAGUUAAUGGACACCCCCCCCCCACCCCCCCCAUCAGUUGGUAGGUGAGAGCAGCUAAUGUGACACAACUUCCAGAUUACACAUUUAUCCACAGUUUUACUCACACACAUUCUACUUUUCUCUGAUAUAAAUUAUAAAACAAUAAUAUAAACAGAAAGUGUACAAUGAUGUCACUUUAUUAAACAUUGCUAAUUAACCAUCUUGAGACGGAGCCUUUUUGGACUGUCAGUGCCUAGAAGAUGGAGCCAGUUUGACAAGCCCUGCCCUUAAUUUGCAAAAAAAUGUACUAUAAAAAUAUAAAACUAUAUAUAUUCUUGAUAGGUAUUGAAUGAACAUAAUGGGAUCGUUAUGAUUGUCACGAGCUCCUUCACGCUACGUAAUGCUUGGGUCUAAGUUCUACCCUUUCUGACACCACCUUGUUUGUACAAAACAAGGAAACACAACAAACAUACAAUAACAAAGAAGUUUUCAAUUAUCUUAAAAUAACCACUUCUAGUUUAUUAUCUACAAUGUAUAAAUUAUAAAUGAAUGAAAUGAAACUCAAUGUAUACAUCACAAUGUAUGAGAUAAUGUAAUGUAACUUAUAUUUUAAAAAUCACUAAGAAACUUAUAAAGGUUGUCCUAUAAUCUCAAUAAUUCAAGCACAUCUGCUGACAAAGCCUGCAUGAUACAGGCACUUUAGUUUACGACUCUGACACGCUACGGACUCUAUUGGUGGAGUCUCAUGGAACUGUCUAGCGUCUGUAUGGACCAUGCACGUUCGUCUCACUGCCAAGUGCUUGAGAUGGUCGGUCUGCUAGCAUCUACUGUCACGACAAUUUAUAGGGCGACUAUUCCUGAAAUAUAUGAAUAAAUCCCCUACACUAAGUAAUCAAUCCUAACUUCCAACUAGAUACUCACCAUCGUCUUCUAAAUUACUACCGUCUACCUAACGUAACUCUCUAUCACACAAACCACCCUACAGCUUCUUCAAUCACACACCUCACAUGCACUUACCUCUCUAGUAAACUGGCACAGGGUAAGUCCAUGUCCAAUACUUUCCCCUCUCCCUAAUGUUCUUCAGAGUGUGGUAAGUGGCGUCUACCAAAACGUUGUUGUUGUGUGCCUAACAGCUUUAUGUGGAUGGUAACUCGGACAGUCCUCUACUACUUCUACGGACGGAGCUCUCCCUGACUGACCGCUACCCUGUUCGGCUGAGCUCUGCCCAGUCCUUUCCUACGGUCCCUAUUUAUAAUUCGGGACCCCAUGGAUGUUCCCUCUCAUGUCUGUAAUCUGACUCCCAAAUCUUCCAAUACUUAAAUUUGUGAACAAUUGAAAUGCUCCUAAAUCCCCGAAGCGCAAAAGCGCAAUGGUCCUUCCAGGGAAGUCUGAUAAGCUAGUCCCUGGUCAGAGAUGGGAUUAGUGUACAUUUUUUUAUGAGGAAUAUUUCUUUGACUAUGACAUUAUUAGUCAAGUAAAUCCUCAACAAACUGUGAUGUAUAAACUAAAAUGUCACCAUUGCUGGUCAAGGGAUGAGCCAAAAGUCACUGUCUUCAAAAUGCUUGGUUAAUGAUGUGAUUUCGGGGUUUGUACUGCAUUGUUGAUAUUCGACGCCAUUUUUGUUACCACUUCCUGUCUUACUUGAAGCGUAGCAAAACUCUAUUGCUGUGUGUGCUCUCAGACUGAAACACACGGAGUGACUUGUGGUAUGUUCAAAUACAAUAUUACACUAUAUACAAUUGUGGUAACGGCUCUGGUCAAUAAAUUGUUCAUUUUUGAUGCCGAGAGACCAGAAAUAGGCCUUAUAUUUGACAAUUUGGACUUCAGUAGGAAGACAGUUUUCCGCAUAGCUGGUACUGCUCACUGUGUGUUUAUAGACAUUUUACAUAGAGCAUCCCGAUCAUGCUCUACUCAGAGGCCCUUAGGCCGUCAAAAACUGGUACUAUUGUAUCUGGCCUGCAUCCUCCUGGCAAAUUCGUACUCUCCUGAACCCAACCCUGGACCGAACGUUACUACUAGUGCUGGUUCUCCCUUGCAUACCCCAUCAAGUUCCAAAUCCCAGUCAUCAUGGAUCUGCGGAGCAUGUGACCAUGUUGUACAUGUGGAGGACAGAGGCGUUGCCUGUGAACAAUGUGGGCAAUGGUUCCAUCGUCAAUGCCAAAGCAUCGACACUUCUAAUUACAACCAACAUGCUAAAAAUUCUGACGUGCCAUGGCACUGUACUGUCUGCGGCAGCCAGAUUAACCAGUCUGUGUUUGACCCACAUAGUGCAGGGACAGACUCUACCUUCCCAGAUUUCUCUCUGAACCACUCAAUCUCCACACCAAGAGACAUUCGAAGUUUUCAACCACCACACUGCUCUACUCCUAUGCGCUGCAGUCAACAAGACAAAUGGAGACACAGGCCAUUGCGCAUAUUAAAUGUAAACUUCCAGUCUGCAAGUGGUAAGCGAGUAGAGAUAGCUAACCUAAUUAACAGCCUAAAACCCGACAUCAUCUUGGGCUCAGAAACAUGGCUGAAUCCCUCCAUAGCAAACGCAGAGGUUGUACCAGAUAUAUACAAAGUAUUUCGUCGAGACAGAAAAGACAGAGGAGGAGGAGUGCUUGUUGCAGUCCAUCACAACUUGGACUGCCACGCUGUUCCAGAACUCGAUGUUGACGACUGCGAGAUCCUGUGGGUAAAAUUGAAACUAAAGGGUAGACGCACACUCUACGUGUGUGCCUAUUAUCGACCAAAUACAGCAGAUGAACCAAGCCUGAGGAGGUUCGAGGUAUCGCUUCACAGAGCAACACAGUCAAAAAACGCUUUUCUCCUUAUAGGGGGGGAUUUUAACUUUCCUGGUUGGAAUUGGCAGAUUCCUGCCUUGAAGCCCAAGUCCCCAUACCCUGUUCUACACUCAGAAUUCAUGGAGAUAAUUAACAACCAUGGUCUGGAACAGCUGGUUAAAGAACCCACGAGGGGGGAAAACACUCUUGACCUACUCCUCACCAAUUGUCCACAUCGUGUCCAAAAAGUUGAGGUCAUCCCCGGGAUUUCGGACCACAGCAUUCCUUAUUGUGAAUUUCAGGUCAACACACUAAAAAUGAAACAAAUCAUUCGAGAAAUCCCAAUUUAUGCCAAGGCAGACUGGGAUGGCCUAAGGAUUGCAACCACAGAGCUAAGCUCAAACAUGAAGGUGAUUCAAGGUACAGCGACAACAGACGAGCUGUGGGUGAAGUUCAAGACUACAAUCACUGAUGCAGUGAAGAAAUUUAUACCACACCAAAUCACCAAACCUAGGAUAAAUCAGCCAUGGGUCACGGCUGAAAUCCGUAGGCUCAUCCACAGGAGAGACCGCCAAUACAAACGCAUGAAGAAAAAUGGCUCGAUGGAACUGAGAGAGGAGGUACUGAGACUCCGCCGAACCAUUCAACGCUUAUUGCGUAGAUCGUAUUGGAACUACAUGAACGGCAUCUUCUCAGAGGAAGACACCCCGACCAAAGAUGUCAAGAACAAGCGCUUCUGGAGCUAUGUGAAACACCAAAAGUCCUCAAACGCUGGAGUUUCCCCCUUGAGGUGGGAUGGCCAAUUGACAUCUGACCCAAAAGCACAGGCGGAGAUACUCAAUCAGCAGUUCCAGUCGGUCUUUGGUGACGGUAGAGAGUACUCUGAGACUGAGUUCCUUCUGAAGACCAAAAUGAUGAACAGAGCCUAUCCUAUCAUGGGAGAUAUCCAGAUAUCAGAACAAGGUGUGUUUGCCCUCCUCAAUACCAUUAACCCUUACAAAGCAUGUGGUCCUGACAACAUUAAACCACGAGUGCUCAAAGAAUUAGCCAAAGAAAUCGCUCCUGCACUGACAAUCCUCUUCCAAUCGUCACUAUGCACAGGAAAUGUUCCAGCAGACUGGAGAACAGCGCAUGUCACUCCAAUUUACAAGAAAGGGGAGCAUUCCGACCCUGCCAACUAUCGUCCGAUAUCCCUCACUAGCGUCGUCUGCAAAUUGUUGGAGCACAUAAUCGUAAGCUCUGUCAUGAAGCAUCUUGAAAGCAAAAAUAUACUCAAUGACUGUCAACAUGGCUUCCGAGUCAAUAGGUCAUGUGAGACCCAGCUUCUCGAAUUUGUAGAAGACUUGAUGACCAAUCUGGAGAACCACAAGCAGACUGACGUGCUAGUAAUGGACUUCGCAAAAGCAUUUGACCGGGUGAAUCAUAGUUUGCUUCUACACAAACUCCAGAUAUAUGGGAUUCAAGGCACCACUAAAACAUGGAUCUCUAGCUUCCUCAGCCACCGACGCCAAGCAGUAGUGGUGGGCGGUACAAGCUCCUCCUUUGUCAAUGUGAAGUCAGGGGUCCCCCAGGGAUCAGUCCUGGGCCCCUGUUUGUUCCUAGCAUACAUUAAUGACCUACCGGAGAAACUGACAUCACAGGCAAGACUGUUUGCAGAUGACACAGCAGUGUAUAGGACGAUCGCCAACAGAUCUGACCAGGACCAGCUACAACAGGAUCUCAAUCUGUUAGCUGAGUGGGAGAUGAGCUGGGACAUGGAAUUUCACCCUGCCAAGUGCCAGACACUAUCAAUCUCUAGAAGUUGUACUCCUCUACACUACCAAUACAAACUGCACGGCCAUAUUCUUGAGCAAGUUUCCUCCGUAAAGUACCUGGGUGUUACCAUUCAAAGAGAGGUCCGCUGGGACGAGCAUAUUAACAAUGUAUGUAACCAAGCAAACCAAGCCUUGGGGUUCUUAAGGCGAAAUCUAAAGAUUGGCAACUCCUGUGUGAAAGAAAGAGCAUAUAAAGCCUUUAUCCGUCCGAUUUUAGAUUAUGCAUCUUCAGUCUGGGACCCAUUUACCCAGAAGAGCAUUGACAGGUUGGAGGCGGUCCAGCGACGAGCAGCACGCUUUGUCCUAAACCGCUACAGGAAUACCUCUAGUGUUGGCAGCAUGCUAGAAACACUAGGCUGGUCACCAUUGGAGAAACGACGACGACAAUCCAGGCUCUCCAUGAUGUACAAGAUAAAUAAUGGGCUGGUCCACUGUUCCAGUAUUAAACAGAAACUCGUCCCUCUCCCCCAUAGACAGCGACGAGGCCAUGACAGGCAAUUCAGGCUCAUACCAGCAAGAAGCCAGUAUAGGAGCUGCUCAUUCCUGCCCAAGACAAUCAGGGACUGGAACCAUCUUUCAAAAGGAACAGUUGAGGCGACAACACUAGACACAUUUGUGUCUAUUGCCUCAAGCCUUCAAACCCCUAGUGCAUAAUUUCCUCAUCACCACCAGUAACAGAAACAUUGCAAAUCCCAUCUACAUGCAUAGGAGCCAAAAUGAUCAAUAAAUUGAUCGUGGGCCCUUAAGAUAUAGAAGAAGAAGAGAUGCUGGUAACCCUACUGAUACGCAGGCCCUUUCUAGUCGGUCGGUACCCCCCAACCCCUGUGGCCUCCAGGUCCGAGCCCUCCACUAUGUAUGGUAUUUAAUUAUUCCCCCCUACCCUUGCCUCUCUCUCUCUCUAACUCGCUAUGGUUGACCUUGGCUUACUAGUCACUCUGUGACAAUGAUUCAUAAUGAAAACUCAACAUUUAUGCAAAUGAGAUAUCCUGAUUUGCAUAAUUUAUACAUGCAAUUUGUUUACACUUUGAAUAAACACGUCUUACAGUAUUUUGCUGAAUUUUCUGAUCGCUGAAGCCUAAAUGAGUCCUACCAAACAUGUGAAUGAGACUCAAUGUGAAAAACAGCAUUAAGUAUUUCACUGGGGCUACUUAUGCCUUUUUGCAUAUUUCAAGUUCACAUUUUUUUAAGCACUUAUUAAGGUCAGGUACAAAAAGAUUGCUAUAAAAUGACAGAUUACUCUAAACUAUCAUCUGAAGCCACCAUUAAAAUAUGAAAAUGAGCAACAAUUGAGACAAUCAAUCUGAUUAGCUGGUACAAAGACCAGUUAGCCAAUCUUGAGGCCUGUAUUAUUGGGCUGAUGGAACAGCCAUUUGUAUUUAAUAAUAGUAAUAAUAAAGUUCAUUUCAAAAACACGCUUCAUCCCCAAAGGCUCGAAGCGCUGUACAAAGUCAACAAAAAACAAAUCUUUAAUUUACCACAUUUAAAACAAACGCAACACUGCAAAAACUAAUUACAAGCAUACAAUGUCACCAUUCAACUCUGCACAGACAUUUAACAAUUGCAAUAUCACUCAAACUGAGACAUAAGAUCAUAGACAACUUCUCGCUGCAUUAAAAACCGAUUCCUGAUUAUUUUACUGAGGAGGUUCUGCUUUGCCAUGGGUGGAAUGUUUUGGAUUGAGAGGGUGGGGCUUGUCUAACCAGUGUUCAUUCACUAGUUAUUAAAAUAGUUGACUAUCAACUCCUAUGUCUACUUGGAUUGAUUAAUUCGUCAAGUUCUUUCACACAUUGAAUGCGUCGUACUAUUCUAACUAUCACUGAAUAAACUCAAGACUUUUUCAUUAUAAUUAUAACUUUGAUAUCUAAGUAUAUACUAUACACAUAAACACAUGAAUGUAGCGCAGCUCGCUAUCAGAUAUAAAUAAUACACAUCCUACUUCUACAAAGUUCCACUUAAUAUGUCACACUCAGCAUAAAAAUACGUCAUAGAGUAAAGGGGGGGGGGAGAGCCUGCCGAACGUAAUGAACAUAAUACCCAGUUCCAAUAAUAAUACUAAUUAACUCCCAUACUUGACAUUAGCCAUAUUUAACUCUAUAAUUGAGAUUAAAUAUGAAAUUACAUUCAAAGUAAAUUACAUGCACAAUUUCAAAGUACCAUGCAUAUUUACUUAAUAAUUUAUUAACCUCUGAAUGAUUGUCAUGGACAGAUGUAGCAUAGAUAAUUAAUUGGUAUGUCAGUACCAGUAAUUGACUAUAAAUAUAAGCAAAUCAAAUAGUAAUAUAACUUAUUAUAACUAUACAAAUUUUGUGACCCCCCCCCCCCUUUUCCCCUCCCCCUAUGUGCGAUAUCAUUUACAGAUGGCCCCAAAGUAGCUACAAAUAGUAAAACUAUUCAAAAUGACUUAAAGUUCAGUUUAGUGUCUGGAGGUAGACUUCCCUGGAUUUAAAUCAAGUUUAAAAUUAGAUUUAAAAUCAGUAAAUGUGUAUUGAUAGGCUCCCAUAGUUUGUGUGUUUUUUUACCAAAUACUUAUGACCCAAAGAAAGGCAAUUUUCUUUUAUUUCAGCUUUUCAGUCAAUUGGUACAAUUUGCAUUCCAUUUUCUCUUGGAACCAAGCAAGGUAACUUUUAAAGAAUUUUUAAUUAACCUUUGCGCUGCAUAGAAAAGAAUCUAAAUUAGGGACAAACUUCUUUGGUGCUAUUGAAUUUAAAUUAUAAACCUCAAUGCCAUUACUUAGUCUCUUUAAGUUUCAAUUAGCACGCAAAUGCCAUAUAGAGGGCAACCCUAUUAUAUUUUUUCACAAUUAACAUUUUUGUUUUGUUCUUCUAUCACCAAGUCUGCCCGGUUGAUGACACAAUUGGAGGAGUUUGCACAGGAAAACAGUAUUGGUGUUGGGCCUUUACGAAACGUAUUUAAGAGCUUAGUGUCCUUACCCAAUUGUAAGAAUCUCUAUUUUCUUUUAAACCAAAAUUGAAUGAAUAUUUUCUUAACAUCUAUAUGAAAUAAUUAUUUAAUCGUUAAGGUCUGCAAAGUUUGUUUUUAUGUAAAUUGGUUGUGGAAUAAAAUUUGGGGAAAAAAAAAGGGGGGGGGUUGUGUCUAUUGGUAAUAAAUGUAUUUAAAAAUCUUUUAUGCCAUUCUUUUUCAGACUUAUUAAUUUCCAGUGAUAUCUUUUUGAGAGUGCAUGGAAUGGAAUUUUCAAUUAAAAUUGGUGUGCUAUAUCAUCACUUUUAUUCAUUUUUUCUUAAUACAGUAUAAAUAAAUUUUUCUACAGCUGCUCUUAAGAAAUCUUUGAGUCCACAACAGUUACAGGAAGAUCUACAGACUCUAGGUACUCUGUUAAUAUUAAGUGUUACUAAUCUAUCAUUCUUAUUCAAUGUGAUAUUUUCACCUCCCCUACAUCUAAAUACUUGUAUAUUUAUUGUGCACUGAAAUAGCUUUUAUAAAAAAAAAUCCCAAUCGUGUUCAAUUAUCUUAACAGGUUUGUCUGAAGAAAAGUCACAGCUAGUAGCCAGUCAGUUUGAAGCUAAUUUAUUAACUCUGUCCAAAGGAGCUUUAAGUCAGACGCUGAUGGUCAAUCAGCUUGUGGACAUUGAGUGGAAAUUUGGAGGUAAGAAUGUUUUUUUUCUCUAGGAUGAAGGCUCUCUCGUGGGAGAUGCUGAUCUUCUAUCGAGCGCCUCCCCAGCCGGCGGAUAGGGGAAAGCCCGCCAGAUAUGGAGGGUACCGGGGAAAUAAAAUACCCGGGGCGGACCAAAAUCAGCCCUACUGCCUUGUAGGAAGUGGAGGGAUCCACAAAGGCUAGGGACCUAACCCGAACAAAGGCAGCUACCCAUUGAGCUGUGAGGGGCAACCCCCCAAGUGGUUGUGCGCAAGGCCAACAACCCUGCCAUGUAAAAAAUCAUAGUUACAAAAGCACCGAAAAGAGUAACAAAAGACAUUUCAGUCCUGGGAGAGGAUGGAUUCCUUGAGGAGGAAAAUAUGACGCCUAAUAGUGAAAGCCGAAACCUGGAAGCUAUUAAGCCGACAACCAUCAUCUCUACCAGGACUACCACCGUCAUUGGCGCUUGGAAUGUCCGCACCAUGUACGAGGCUGGUAAAGCGGCACAAAUAGCCGCUGAGAUGAGGAGCUAUAAGCUCACCAUUCUCGGAAUUAGCGAAGCAAGAUGGACUGGAUGGGGACAGAAGAGAUUAAUCUCAGGAGAGAUGGUGAUAUUUUCGGGACACGAAGAAGAAAAUGCCCCACAUACCCUGGGUGUUGCUAUGAUGCUAUCAAGGGCAGCACAAGGAGCACUCAUUGGAUGGGAGGCCCAUGGACCUAGAAUUCUUUUAGCAACCUUUCGAACAAAGAAACGUAGCAUCAACCUAGAUGUUAUACAAUGCUACGCACCAACUAAUGAAAGUGAUGAAGGAGACAAAGAAGAAUUCUACAAUAGAGUAAUGACCAUAGUCCAGGGUCGCCCACGGAGGAACAUCGUCAUCCUCAUGGGAGACUUUAAUGCCAAGAUCGGCAAUAGCAACACAGGGUACGAAGAGGUUAUGGGACAGCAAGGGAUAGGAGAGAUGAAUGACAAUGGUGAGAGGUUUGCGGACCUAUGUGCCACAGCUGACCUGGUCAUAGGGGGGAGCAUCUUCCAGCACAAGAGGAUUCACAAAGCUACAUGGGUCUCUCCGGACAUGAGAACGAUGAACCAAAUAGACCAUGUAUGUAUUUGUAAAAAAUUCAGGCAAUCUCUCCAAGACGUACGUGUUAAGAGGGGAGCUGAUAUUGCCUCAGAUCACCACCUUCUUGUGGCCAGGAUGAAAUUAAAACUAAAGAGACAUUAUACCGAGCAAACAGCAUACAGGACUCGGUAUAAUACCUCCCUCCUGAAGGACCAAGCCAAAAAGGAAGAAUUCAGAAUCUCACUAUUCAAUAAGUUCCAAGUCCUACAAGAAAUACUUGAAGAUGAAACCACCGAAGGAAAGUGGCAAAGCAUGAAAGAAACAGUCCAGUCAACAUGUCAAGAAGUGCUAGGAAACAGGAAAAAGGCACACAAAGAAUGGAUGACAGCAGGUACGCUGAAUAAAAUAGAAGAAAGGAAAAGAAAGAAAUCAGAAGUGAAUAACAGCCGCACCCGAGCACAGAAAAACAAGUCCCAGAAGGAGUAUGCAGAUGCAAAUAAGGAAGUUAAGAAAAGCAUCAAGAGGGACAAGAAGGAAUUUGUUGAUAAACUUGCUAAAGAAGCAGAGGAUGCAGCUCACCAGGGGAACAUGAGGGAACUGUUUGAUACCAUUAAGACGCUGUCAGGGAAAUUUAGCAAGGUAGAGAGACCAGUGAAGGACAAAAUGGGAAACACCAUACCAAGUGAGGAGCAACAGAGAGGGAGAUGGAAGGAGCACUUUGAAGAGCUCCUGAACAGGCCUGAACCAAGAAAUCCACCAGAUAUCCAACCAGCCGAUAAUGACCUGCUAAUUGACUGUAAUAGUCCCACCAAAGAAGAGAUUAGUAGGGCCAUUAAACAACUCAGAAAUGGAAAGGCUGCGGGACCUGAUGGCAUCCCAGCAGAGGCACUGAAGGCAUCCUUUUAGAGCAGUCACUAGAGUGGAACUCGCCGCUCUAUGUCUACUUUGUUGACUAUGAAAAAGCCUUCGACAGUGUUGACAGGCAAACCCUGUGGAGAUUGCUAAGGCAUUACGGGGUGCCACAGAAGAUUACUGAUAUAAUCAGAAACAUGUACGAAGGGAUAAACUGCCGAGUUAUCCAUGGCCAGCAGUUGACAGAUGCUUUCCAGGUGAAGACUGGUGUGAGACAAGGUUGCUUGCUGUCACCAUUCCUCUUCCUGUUAGCCAUUGACUGGGUGAUGAAAACAUCUACACAGCACGCCGCUCUAUGUCAACUUUGUUGACUAUGAAAAAGCCUUCGACAGUGUUGACAGGCAAACCCUGUGGAGAUUGCUAAGGCAUUACGGGGUGCCACAGAAGAUUACUGAUAUAAUCAGAAACAUGUAUGAAGGGAUAAACUGCCAAGUUAUCCAUGGCCAGCAGUUGACAGAUGCUUUCCAGGUGAAGACUGGUGUGAGACAAGGUUGCUUGCUGUCACCAUUCCUCUUCCUGUUAGCCAUUGACUGGGUGAUGAAAACAUCUACACAGCAGAAAAGGAAUGGCAUCCAAUGGACCUUGUGGGAUCAACUGGAUGAUCUUGACUUUGCUGAUGAUCUUGCACUUCUUGCACAUACCCAACAACAGAUGCAGGAGAAAACAAACAUUGUCGCAGCCACUUCUGCUAGCAUGGGUCUCAACAUUCACAAAGGGAAGAGUAAAAUCCUCAAGGUUAAUGCCACCAGUACAUCACCCAUUAUGCUUGAAGGAGAAGCCCUUGAGGAGGUGGACAGUUUUGUUUACCUUGGCAGCAUGGUAGAUAAACAAGGUGGUACAGAUGCGGACGUCAAAAUAAGGAUAGGAAAAGCAAGAGCAGCCUUCCAACAACUCAAGAAUGUUUGGGUCUCUAACAACUUAGGCAGCAAGUUAAAAGUAAGGAUUUUUAACGCUAUGGUAAAACCUGUGCUGCUAUAUGGAGCCGAGACAUGGAGAACAACGGCCGUAAACCUGACCAGAAUCCAGUCCUUCAUCAACAACUGUCUAAGAAGGAUUCUCAGAAUUCACUGGCCAGACAAAAUCAGCAACCAGGAACUGUGGCAGCGGACAAAACAGAAACCCAUUGAGGAAGAGAUUCUCCAGAAGCGGUGGAGGUGGAUUGGUCAUACACUAAGAAAACCUGCUUCUAACACAACAAAGCAAGCCCUGAAAUGGAACCCACAGGGUAAGCGGAAAAGAGGCCGUCCAAGAAACACUUGGCGCCGAGAAUUGGAGACAGACAUCAAGAAAAUUGGCCAUGAAUGGAAGAUCCUGGAGAAACUGGCCCAGGAUAGAGAUGCCUGGAGGUCUUUCGUAGGUGGCCUAUGCCCUUGGAGGAACCGCAGACGCCGACGAUGAGCGGUGGAUGCCCCUCAUGGACGAGAAGGCUCAACCAGGAUGAAGGCUGUUUAUCUAAAUCAGCUUUCUACAAACUUCUAUUACAUAUGCAGUUCUAGUAUUUUUUAAUGUUAUUUUUAAAGGACUUUUCAGUUUGGGUAAUUUUUCAGUUUGGGUUAUGUUGUUGUAUACUUAUAGGAGCAAAAAUGUGUGAAAAAAUCUUUAAGAAACUACAAUAUCUUUAUGAAAAACAAACAAUAAUAAAAUAUUAAUAUUUAUUGUAAUGAAUGAUAAUAUUAAAACAGAUUUUAAUAAAUAACUAAAUAAAAGUCUGAGUUUACAGUCGAUUGGUAGCUUGAGUUAAAGAAAUUAUGGUUUCGGAAAAGGUCAUCAGAAAGUUUUGUGAACAUUCUAUCAAUCUUCAUGUAAUGAGUUUUUUAAACCUGUUUGUUGGAUUCAGAUAGCAUUAAAUUUUCAAAGCUUUUCUCAAGAUCAUUUCAUCAAUCUUAUUCUACGAUACUUUGAUGUAAAUAUUAAUUCAAUUGAAAAUAGAAUAACUUUGACAUAAUUUGCAUCUGGCUUUCAUUAGUUAACUUAUCUACCCUUAUUUUUAUAUUGUUCAGAAAAAUAAUAAUAAUCUCAUCAAUCAUUUCAUAAAAUUACAGAUAAAUAAUUAUAAUCAAAAGUACUAUAAAGCAGGCCUGCAAUCCACUUGGCGACCCGCGAAGUAAUGAAAUAUUCUUUAUUAUUAUUAUUUUCUUAAUAGCUUUCCACCCUGUCCUAUUUUCUUUUGGCCCUCACGAGUUUUUCAUAAUUUAUUACGGCCCACAUAAGUUUUUCAUAAAGUAUUACGGCCCGCCUUACAUUUUGAGUUGUGAAGCCCUGCUAUAAAGUGAUCGAGCAUGGUUGCGUAAAUAACAGGUUUGAAGAAAUUAUUAAAAAUUCUUCUGUUAAGUUUUUAAUCACUUUGUUAUUUCAGUGACUGCAUCCAGUAGUGAGUUGGAUAAAGUUGGGAAUACUUUCCUUCAGGUGAGAAACUUGUUAGCGUAUUUUAUUAUUUUUUUUAAUUUCAUGAAGGGAUGAGAGUAAAUCUGAUAAUGUGCAUUUUUAUAGUUUAUUGGUACUUUGAUCAAUUUAAACAGUCAAGCUACUUAUAUAUUUUAUCAAAUCCAAAUAACAAUUUAAAAUUUAUUAGGUUUUUUUUUUCAAUUUGAAAUUAAGCUACUGCUAUUUUUAAUAAAAUCAAAUAUUUUUUAACUUAUUUCCAGAUUCCUUUUUUUAAAGUAAUAAUUAAAAAUAGUAAUUAUUAGAUCUAAUUUUAAAAAAAAACAUAAUUAAGGGAUGAAAUUAUUAUUUUGAUAAUAGAAGUUACUUUAAUUAUUUCAGCUAAAACUUGUGAUCAACACAGGCAAUGGAACCAAGAAUGUUUAUUUAGGUGAGCUGUUGUAAAGAGUCUGGUUCCUCAUCCUCAUGUCCUUCAGUCCUUGGACCGUUGGGGCGCCACACAUGACAUGUGAACCAUCCUCCUCCAUUCCUCUCUGUCUUCAGCACUACGCACUUCAUCGCCUAGUGUUAGUCCUGUCCACUCUUUGUUGUUAUCCUCUCAUCUUAUUCUUUGUCUUCCUCUUCUUCUCCCUCCUCUUGAGGUGCCCUGCAAUAUUUCUUUGGCAAGCCCUUGUUUCCUUGCUAUGUGGCUGUACCAUUGUAGUUUGCGUUUUUUUACAGUCACCAGUAGGUCAUCGUAUUCCCCAAUUGCCUGAUGAACCCUUUCUUUCACUGUAUCAUUGGAGAUAUGGUCCCUAUAGCAGAUGCCAAAAAGGCUUCUGAAGCAUCUCAUCUCCAUCGCCUUUAUUUUCCUUUCAAGAUCGGCUGUUAAUGUCCAGGAUUCGCAGGCAUACAGGAAAAUGGAGAGGACUUAUGAGCGCAUCAGCCUGAUUUUGGUGCUGGGGGCUAUAUUUUUGUCAUUCCAUAUUUUCUUGAGCUUCUUUUGUGCUGUUGUAGUCUGCGCAAUCCUGGACAUCAGUUCGAGCUUGGAGCCCUCUUCUGAGACUACUGCUCCUAGGUAUUUGAAGCGGCCAACAGUCUCUAAUCUUUCUUCCCCGACCUUAAUGUCAGUGGUGAUGCCUGCGGUAUAUUUUUCAUCAGUUUUAUCUUUUCGGCACUGAUUAACAUGCCGUAGGAUGACGAGGUCUUAUCGAGAUGCUUUAACUAGGUUGGCUAGCUCUUCUUCAUUCCCAGCCAGUCCGUAUAUGUCUCCGCAAAGCAUAGGUUGGUGAUUGUUCUGCCACCAAUGCUGACUGUCCCUUCAUGCGCUUCCAGAGCAUCUGACAUAAUUCUCUCUAGUAAGAUGUUGAAUAGGGUGGGGGAGAGCAGGCAGCCUUGUCGUACUCCAACCGUGGUCUUGAACCAUUCUCCGAUGUUGUUGUUGAGGAAGACUGCACUGGUGGCCUUGUCAUAGAGGUUGCAUAUCAUGCUGGUUAGGUUUGUGUUGAUGUUGUAGUGCCUCAUGGUGGCCCAUAAAGCAGCAUGCCAAACCCUGUAGAAUGCUUUGUUGAAGUCAACAAAGACGUAGUAUAGGUUUUGUUGGUGUUAAGCAUAUUUCUCACAUAGUAUUCGGAGGUUUAGAAUCUGCUCAGUAGUGCCCCGUCCUUGUCUGAAGCGCGCCUGUUCUUCAGCAAUGAUUCUGUCAGCAUAUGGUUUUAGUCGGUUCAAUAUGACUUUCAGCAUGACCUUUCUUGGAUGGCUUAUUAGGCUAAUUGUGCGAUAGUUUUGGCAUAGCUGUAGGUUACCUUUUUUGGGGAGGGUGACGAUGAGCGAUUGGGUCCAUGGUUUUGGGCUAUUCUCCUGUAAUCCAGAUUUUGUUACAAAUAUUGAAUUGGCACUUAUCAUUGCUGGUUAUCUUAAGUUUUUUGAAGGAUUAUUAGCAAAUUAAUAAAUAAUUGAAUAGAGUGUUUAGUAACUGAUCUCAAUCUGAUUAAAAUUCAGUAUUUUUGUUCAUUUUGUUAAGAGGACGCUGUCAGGACAGCUUUAAAGCUCAGUUGGUAAAUUUGAAAGGCUCUUGUUUAGACACUAAUAAACUAAUGAUUGGCUUACUUAUUUAUUACUGAAAAGAUAUUGUAUCAUUGUUUGGAAAAUUUUAAACAAAGAGAAGCUUUGUCACUGAAUGUUAAAUUCUAAUUAUACAAUUUCACUUGAGGCUAAAAUAAUUUUACUUCGACUUUUUAAAAUUUGCACAGCAGUGAUUUUAAAUUCUGUAUUAAACAUUGUCAUGAUCCGUAGGUGAUUGGUUUCUUUCAUCAAAUUCUUUUACACAUUCAAAUGACAUUGUUACGCACUGGGUUCUCUUGUGAGAAAUUAAUCUCCUAUUUUAAUUUUAUGGCUCGUUCAAACAGUGCCUAACAAAGGACAAUACCAUAGAGAAAUACAAUAACAAAAAAUACAACACCCAAAACAGUACCAAUUACAGUUAAUAAGAUUUAAUUUAGUAAUAAUACAAUUACAAAACAAAAGAUAUAUAAUUACAAAUCAUCAAAUUACAGAGUAUGGGAAAAUCUUGUAUCGGUACACAAUUAGUACAAUGUGCCAAUUAAUAAUGAUGAAUGAUGAAUGCGAAUAAACACAUAUGAGUACACAAAGAAAAAUACACAUCUCGUGAAGUUAAAAAUAUCUAUCUGAAUCUCUCUCUCAAUCUCCGUGAACCUCUGUCCCUGUCAAUCCCUUAUAUAUGCAGGGUAAGUACUGUCUUCCAGAAACUACUCAGACAUUGGUUACGUUUCUCGGCAAAUCAAGAGCUUUCGACAAGAUACUAGGAGACAGACUAACCAUGUUUAAUUGGUAGUCGGUAGUAAACAUGACACAUCAAAGAGAUUAAACCACGCCCACAACAAACGUUAGCAUCUGCUAGGAUUCUAAUGUGGGGUCAAACAAAGUUCACGGCACGGGGAAGUCCUACAUAACAGUCAUAAUCACACCAAAUUGAACACAAGUCCUUUUUCCAAUAGCAAUGUAAACUUUAAUCCAGAAACAUUUAUUUAUGUGCCAAAAAUGAAUAUGCACUAUAUAAUAUAAAAUAUUCCCUUUUAUUUGGAUCAAUAAAAUAAACUUAUCUUAUGUACAUCAGGCUGUACAAUAAAUCAAACACAUGUAUAGCACAGCUUACUAAAAGCAAUAGAAUAUAUUACAAUCUUCUUCCACGAAGUUCUCACACCAACUGCCACAUGAUUAGCAUGAGCACCAAAGACAGACCACAGACACAAUGUCACAGCUACAAUAAAAACACUCACCAUACUUCAAAACCUUAACGGGACCAAAAGUGUGCAUUUACUAAACUAACAAAUAAGACACUCGGCACACGAUAAAACAUUAUAUUGGGCGCACAACAAUUAUUAGUAAAUACCUAUACAGGGUGCAUUGUUGUAAUAAAAGAUGACUUAAUAUCCUGAAGCACUUGAAAUUACAAGUUAAAUAUUAUAGUUGACUGUUUUAUAUUGAAGAAUAAUUUUACAAUAAUAUUUUAGAUGUGCACAAAACAAUGUAUUUUUUAAUUUUUCUAUUUCAGAAUUGACCUUGCCCCAGUUUUACUCUUUUCUUCAUGAAAUGGAAAAAGCUAAAGCUAGUUUAGAAUAUUUGGGAUGAUGUGUCCAGAUUUUUCUUUUUAACUGUAUAUAUAAUAAAAUUAAUUUGUAUGGAAAAAUAAGAAACAAUUAUUCAUAUUAACUCAUGAUGCAACCAAAACCAAAUCUACUGUCAGAUAUCACUUCAUUUGAUCCAUGCUGAAUAAGAUGAUACAACCAACACCAAAUCUACUGUAAGAUAUCACUUCAUUUAAUCCAUGUUGAAUCAGAUGAUACAACCAACAACAAAUUAUCUACUGUCGGUUAUCACUUCAUUUGAUCCAUGCUGAAUCAGAUCAUACAACCAACAACAAAUUAUCUACUGUCAGUUAUCACUUCAUUUGAUCCAUGCUGAAUCAGAUGAUACAACCAACAACAAAUCUACUGUCAGAUAUCACUUCAUUUGAUCCAUGCUGAAUCAGAUGAUGCAACCAACAACAAAUCUACUGUCAGAUAUUACUUCAUUUGAUCCAUGCUGAAUCAGAUGAUACAACCAACAACAAAUCUACUGUCAGAUAUCACUUCAUUUGAUCCAUGCUGAAUCAUACUAUUUAAUUAUCUGAUUUCACCCCAGAAUGACAGAAUAUUUUCUUUUUUAUUGAUAUGAUGUUAAGUUGGCUGAUUUAGAUAAAAUUAUAACACAUAUUUACCCAUCAAUUUUUUGUGUAGUGUUUUUCCUUACAUAUGGAGUAUUGCUUAAUUAUUUUAUUAUGAAGUGUUAUCUUUGUGAUCAGUAGAAUUUUUAUUAAAUCUUAAAAUAAAUUGUGAUUAAAUUC